CGCUCCCCGCCAGCCAUGAGCUCCUCGCAGUUCAACAAGGGGCCCUCCUACGGGCUGUCGGCCGAGGUCAAGAACCGGCUCCUGUCCAAAUAUGACCCUCAGAAGGAGCUGGAGCUGCGCAGCUGGAUCGAGGAACUCACAGGCCUCUCGAUAGGCCCCGACUUCCAGAAGGGCCUGAAGGACGGGGUCAUCUUAUGCACGUAAGUACCAGGCUCCUGACACUCUCCACCCGACCGCUGGAUACCACCUGGACAUCAGCUCCCUGGCCUGGAGAGCCCUCUAGAGGCGGGUGCUGGGUGGCGGGUGCAGGGCCUCAAUCCUGGGGUUGCGUGCUGUGAUGUGGAUCAAGGGCCCUGUGAUCCCGGACAUGCCCAGCUCCCACCGUCCACCCAGGCCAAGACCAAGGGGCUGCAGAGCGGGGUGGACAUCGGCGUCAAGUACUCGGAGAAGCAGGAGCGAAACUUUGAUGACGCCACCAUGAAGGCGGGGCAGUGCGUCAUCGGACUCCAGAUGGGCACCAACAAAUGCGCCAGCCAGUCAGGCAUGACAGCUUAUGGCAUGAGACGCCACCUGUAUGAUCCCAAGAAUCACAUCUUGCCGCCCAUGGACCACUCCACCAUCAGCCUACAGAUGGGGACCAACAAGUGCGCCAGCCAGGUGGGCAUGACGGCUCCAGGGACCCGGCGCCAUAUCUAUGACACCAAGCUGGGCACCGACAAGUGUGACAACUCCUCCAUGUCCCUGCAGAUGGGCUACACGCAAGGGGCCACCCAGAGUGGCCAGGUCUUUGGCCUGGGCCGGCAGAUCUACGACCCCAAGUACUGCCCACAAGGCCCCGCUGCUGAUGGGGUCCUGGGCAAGGCAGGCGAAUGCCCAGACCCUGGGGAAGCCUCCCACUUCCCCUCCUACUACCCGGAGGAGGCGGGCUAUUGAGAAGGGCGGGUGCCCGUGCGGGUUUUGGGGGGAGUUUGUGUUUUCUUCCUGUUUUCUGUAUGUUGGAGUGUUGCCACAGUCAAGGGUCUGGGGGCAGUUGGGUUGGGGGAGUGGGCAGGAGUGCGGUCCCCCCCGCCCCCUGGCUCUGUGGCAAAAGCGGGCCACCAGGCAAAGGUCACAGGGGCUCUAGUGAGCAGCUGCGUCUGCCAGGCACAGGCUGCAGGUUUGACCCCAAAACAGCUGCUUGUAUGGGGGAGGGGGUGAGGAGAGGAAACCCCCCCUUUCUGGUUUCACCUCUUCCCCUCCCACUUCUCUACCUACUGGCUUCCUGUGGUUUCUGUGACCCCGGAAGCUUCAGGCAGGGUUUAAAGAAAGAAAAACAUUUUUCCCCCUUUCUCUUUUUCUCCCUGGGGGCUGGCGGAGGGAGGGGCUGGGUAAUGGGAUCCCUGGGGGAGGGCCAGGCCUUGGGCCUGCAGUAUUUUUGGCAGCCUCUAGAGCAGGUAAAAUUCCCAGGAAGUCAGAAAGCUCUAUUCCCUUGACCCCACCCUCCCUUGGCCCUCCCAUUUCAGUUCAUACCCCCUGCCCCUAUCUGCACAGGGUCCCCCACAAGGAGAUCCCCCUGGGACCAGCCCCCACCAGGAGCUCUGGGACCAUGAAAUAAUGUGAAAUUGCUGAUUGUGGACCAAGUGACAAUAAAAAAACCUCUGUUUUUAAGACAAA